AUGGUUCGGGACAGGCGGAUUCCAUUGAAACCACCUCCAAACGUUGUCGUAGUUGGUGGUACAUCGGGGAUUGGUCGAGCGAUAGCUCUCUCAAUUGCUCAGCAUUGUCCGUCUGCUAGCAUCACCAUUGUUGGACGAAAUGAGGCUGCAGCCAAUGCUAUACUUUCCCAAUUAGGCUCAAAUCCAAAGUUUAUCCGCGCCGAUGUAUCUCUUAUGUCUGAGAUUCGAGCCGUCACGCGGAAGAUUGACAAAGUUGACAUGUUGAUAUUGACACAAGGCAUAUUGACAAUGGCUGGUCGCACACCAACGACAGAAAAUAUUGACAACAAACUGGCUUUGCAUUACUACGGUCGAAUGUUGUUUAUACAAGAACUCCUCCCGUUACUUCGAUCAUCUCAGAAUGGUGGUAAAGUUUUGACCGUAUUGGACAGUGUGAACGGCAAUCCAUCAAAAAUCAAUUGGAAUGAUAUGGCGCUUGAAAAUACAUAUUCUCUUGCUUCGGCCGGCUACCAUGCAAUAUCGUUUAACGAUCUUGCCAUACAACAUUUCGCUUCACAACCGGAAAAUACGAACGUAACAUUUACGCACGCAUAUCCAGGCGUUGUUCGGACACCAUUCUGA